UUAUCAACAUCCCCAGUUGCAGAACCGCAACUUCACAACGGCAUCAUAGUUCCACGGCCUGAAAUUCGACCAAAGGGCCAAUUUUAGUCUUUUUACUGUGGUCCUGCUUAUAUCUCAUGUUAUCAGACUCUCGGUGAGCCAAUUGGGCUCUAGUAAACUACUUGCGACAGCUUUAAACUCGAUAUCAUAUCUAAACACCAAAAUUGCCCAUCAUGAGGGCCUCACAAACACUCUUCUCAAGAGGCUUCUUCGGCCGAAGUAUGGAUGAGCUCAGACGGCGCACGCAAAUAGCUGUGAGCUUCGAGGCCAUCAAAGGCGCUACACAGCCCAAGCCUCUUUACGAGUUCAACACCGCCGAUAGCGUCCGCGACUGCAUCGUCAUGACUGACAAGACCAUCGGUGGCUUCUCAGAGAGUAAUUUCGACUUCCACAAGUCCACCGACAUCAACAACGACCCCAAGAUACCCUCCGCCUAUGCCCGUUUUCAUGGCAACAUCUCUACUCGCCUCCCCUCCGACCGCCCCAAUAUCCAACGAACUGGCUUUGCCGGCUUUCGAUCCCCAGACCAGAGGCCCACUGCUUUUGGCCGUUCCAUGUGGGAUAUCGAUCCAUACAUCUACCUCGCCCUGCGUGUCAAGUCAGAUGGCCGCAGUUACUUCGUCAACUUACAAACCGAGAGUGUCGAACCAUCAGAUUUACAUCAACAUCGAUUAUUCCCUAAGCGUCCAGGCCAAUGGGAAACAGUGUUGAUAAAAUGGAACGACUUUGUCAGGACGAAUCACGGCUUUGUGGUGGAACCUCAGACUGAGAUGCUUCGACAGAAGGUCUUGACCGUGGGUAUUGGACUAACAGAUCGUGUUGAUGGUCCGUUUGAGCUGUGUAUCGAGAGAGUGUGGGCCACCAAUGAUCCCAGUGAGGUAGAAGUGACAGAAGAACCCAAGGCUGAGACUGUGGCAGAGGGAGGCCAGCUAAGGAACAAGAAGGGCGAAAAAGUACGGUGGUAGACAAACAAGCAUUCUUGGUGUUAUAUGGGGGAUAUAGCAUCAUUGCGUGUGUAUUCGUAAAGCUUCAUGUUCUUGGAUAGGAAUCCUCUCUAGGGCUUGCUAAAAUAUUGCCCCGUCCCUGUAUAAAUAAAUGGUAUAAUGAACUCCCA